GAGGCAGAGGCAGAGAGAAGGAGCAGCAGAAGAAGAAGAAGCGCAAAACAGAGACCGAAAAAUGGACUCGGACAAUGACAAUGAUUUCUGCGAUAAUGUCGACUCGGGGAACGUCUCCUCGGGCGACGACGGCGACGACGACUUCGGGAUGGAGGUGGACCUGCCGAGCUCCGCGGAGCGCCAGCUGGACCAGGACGACUACCAGUACAAGGUGCUCACCACCGACGAGAUUGUGCAACACCAGCGGGAGAUCAUCGACGAUGUCAAUCUGCUGCUGAAGCUCCCCACGCCCAUAACGCGGAUACUGCUGAAUCACUUCAAGUGGGACAAGGAGAAGCUCUUGGAGAAGUACUUCGACGACAACAACACCGAGGAGUUCUUCAAAUGCGCACACGUCAUAAAUCCUAACAACGCCACCGAAGCGGUCAGGCAAACGACCACACGAAGUCAGUGCGAGGAGUGCGAAAUAUGCUUUUCCCUGCUACCGCCAGAUUCCAUGACCGGGCUGGAGUGCGGACACCGAUUCUGCAUGAUCUGUUGGCGCGAGUAUCUCACAACGAAGAUCGUUACGGAGGGUCUGGGCCAGACCAUCUCGUGCGCGGCGCACGGCUGUGAUAUUUUGGUGGACGACGUGACCGUCACCAGGCUGGUGCUGGACGCACGGGUGCGGGUCAAGUACCAGCAGCUGAUCACCAAUAGCUUUGUGGAGUGCAACCAGCUGCUCCGCUGGUGUCCGUCCGUCGACUGCACCUAUGCGGUGAAGGUGCCGUAUGCGGAGUCGCGUCGCGUCCACUGCAAGUGCGGCCAUGUCUUCUGCUUUGCCUGCGGCGAGAAUUGGCACGAUCCUGUCAAGUGUCGCUGGCUAAAGAAGUGGAUGAAGAAGUGCGACGACGACUCGGAGACGUCCAACUGGAUUGCGGCCAAUACCAAAGAGUGUCCCAAGUGCAGCGUGACCAUCGAGAAGGACGGCGGCUGCAAUCACAUGGUGUGCAAGAACCAGAACUGCAAGUACGAGUUCUGCUGGGUCUGUCUCGGCUCCUGGGAGCCGCACGGCUCCUCCUGGUACAACUGCAAUCGCUACGACGAGGACGAGGCCAAGACGGCCCGGGAUGCCCAGGAGAAGCUGCGCUCCUCGCUGGCCAGAUAUCUCCAUUACUAUAAUCGCUACAUGAACCACAUGCAGUCGAUGAAGUUCGAGAACAAAUUGUAUGCAUCUGUGAAGCAAAAAAUGGAGGAGAUGCAGCAGCACAACAUGUCCUGGAUUGAGGUGCAAUUCCUGAAAAAGGCUGUCGACAUACUUUGCCAGUGCCGUCAGACUCUCAUGUACACAUACGUGUUUGCGUAUUACUUGAAAAAGAACAAUCAAUCCAUGAUAUUCGAGGAUAAUCAAAAGGACUUGGAGUCGGCAACCGAGACGUUGUCCGAGUAUUUGGAACGUGAUAUUACAUCCGAGAAUUUGGCUGAUAUUAAGCAGAAAGUGCAAGAUAAAUACAGGUAUUGUGAAAAGCGGUGCUCUGUCCUGCUGAAGCACGUGCACGAGGGGUACGACAAGGACUGGUGGGAAUACACAGAAUGACGCGAGUCAUGGCUGGAUAA